CUGACCGCAUGCCUCACUUGCGGACCAAAAAUGUGAUUAAAAUUGGAGCCCUCUGAUCUACACAUCUAGCAUCAACGAUCCUAGAUAAAAGCUGGUCUCACGUGAGAAUUUUGGCCAAGACUUCUAUUUUUUGGCCAAGACUUCUAUUUUCUGCUUGCAGCAGCUCACAUUCCUGCUUGAAGCAGCUCGAAACAGCUUUGCCAAAAUUCCCAGCUCGCACCACACUUGCGAACCCACCACCUCGCACCACCAUUGCCACCCUUGCGAACCCAGCAGCUCACUCCUCUUCUACUCUGGUUCCUCUUCUCCUCUUCUAGCUCUAGCCUAACCGUUCCAACCACCAUGAAUGCCUCUGUCCUCUGUUGGUGAUUUUAUAGUUUGUAAUUUUUUUUUUUCAUUAUGGUUAUAUGUUUUAUAUUUUUUAUCAUUCAAUUACAUAGAACCGAUCAUGUAGUCUUGCAUCGUUAAGUCCUAUCCAAAUUGAAAAUGCAAGUCACUUGAAAUUUUCUGCUUCAAUAAUGUAAGUAAAAAAAAUAAAAAAUAAAAAGGAAAAAGAAAAUCUAAUUAAGGCCAUCAUAUCCCAUAUAUUAUUUUUUUAUCUAUUUAUUUAUUAACAUGUGUAGGAAAAGUUAGUACAGCAUAGAUGAAGAGAUUGAGAAAAUGAAAGGAUUGAAUGAAACUUACAAGUGGGGAAGUUCAUCAACUCUAAUCCCAGUGUAUUAGGUGAUGGGGAGUGUGGAAAUUUCUUACAACCUUCAACCUUCUACUCUAAGAUUGCAUGAUUUUCAUUUAAACUCCUUUAUGUCUAAACACAAUUUUUUUGUUUUUUUUUGUUUGCUAUUUUCUUUAUUUAUUUAGAAUCAUCAUCAUCUUCUAUCAUAUAUGUAUGGGGACCAACCAAGUGUAUGUGUGGACGUGAUUAGAAUCAUUAGAUUCGUAUUGUAUAUGUAGGAUUCGAUAUUAAUUGAGCUACCUAGCUAACGAUUUAAAAUAUAUGUAUAAAUAUAUGUUCAUUUUGCUUGAUGAAAGACAGACAAGGCCAUAUGCAUUUUGAUAAUAUGGAAAGAAAAAGAGAGAGAAAAAUGUUUACAAAAAAAAGAACUUAUAACAUAUCAAAAUAUAGAAUAUAUAUAUAUAUAUAUAUGAUCAGCAGCAAAUCAGAAUAAUAUAACAUAUAUAAUUAUUGGAGUAAUUGAAUAUUAAAUGAAGAGAGGAGAGCAAGUCAGAGAGGAUAAAAUUAAUCGGUUAUACUACUGCCAUAUAUCAGAACACUUUCAGAAUAUAAACUUGACCUAUUUGAACAAAGAAUGAAACAACAAUAUUUUUGAUAUUGUUCGCGAAUGAAUGAGUAGAAUUGCCAGUGGUAAACUAGUAAAUACUUUACAAGGUUCUUUGUUCAUAUACUUAUAUUUUGAUGAGUUUGGAAAAUAUCAGCUUAUGCCUAUUUUUUUGUUUAUAUAUUUGCAUUAAGUGUUAAAAUUUAAUGUUUAUUACCAUGUUAAUUGAUGAAAGGCUUAGUUAAGUUGCAUAAACUUGUUUGAUUAUUUUCUUUUCCUUUUACAUUCUUUAACUAUUUUCCAAAUCAUGGAAUUUCUUUCUUCUGAUAGAUGUAACAUGCAAUCGUACACAAAAUGCAUGUAUGUGUAUUCUGUGUAUACAGCAAAUAUGAUUGUUUUCAUUAGCAAAAGUGUGUUAACACAUGUUGGUUACAAUGUGCGUUUUCUAGUGUGUGCAACUGCCACUGUGGCAGUGAUUGUAGGGGAAAUUGCAAACUUUGCAGCUUAUGCAUUUGCACCGCCUAUACUAGUCACUCCUCUUGGCGCAUUGAGUAUAAUUAUCAGUGCUGCACUUGCUCAUAUUAUAUUAAAUGAGAAGCUACAUGUUUUUGGGGUUCUUGGUUGUGUUUUAUGUGUUGUGGGUUCAACAUCAAUUGGUGGUUGCAGUUUGAAGUGCUGUUGGAGUUUUUCCUUUGUCUCUCAAGUAUAUUGUAACUAUCUAUUACUGCCAUUAUAUUGUAAAUGAUAUGGAAUUUGUGGUAGUUAGGUUUGCUCCAUUCAAGCUUUUAGUACAGAUGGUUAUAACUUUUGAAUAUAUUUCUCCAUCUAAUGAAACCUAAGGAGGAUGGAAGAAAAAAAUUUGGUGCCGUUAGGAAAGCUAGUUUUGCUGUGUAGUAGUUCUCACGGUGUAGUGCUGUGUUAUUGCUGCCCGUGGACAAACAAAAAAAAAAAAAAAAACUAUGGAUUUUGUUAAAUGUAGUGCCGAGAUGCUUGCUUGUCAAUGUGGGCUUUGUUUAAUAUAAAAGUGUUUAAUUGUUGACU